UGUUCACGUUGAAAGUUCCAACAAAGAGCGAAACCCUAGCACGAGGAUUCCCAGAAACCAUCGUCCUGUGCACUCUUCUUGCAAAUCAUUGGCUGUUUCUCCUUUCGAUCGGGUUUCCCAUGGAUUUACCUUGCUGAUUCCUUGACAAUGCCUUGUUUUCUUGUCAGGCAUGGCGCCAAGAGAUGCAGGAAGGAAGGCCAUGGGUGUCCGUGUUAUCGCUUUGGAUUCUCGCGUUUUUGUUGUGUUUUUGUUUUCUAGGGUUGGGAGGAAACCUGGAUUUUGAUUUUUGUGCACGUGUCUGGAGAAAUUUCGCUAUGAAUUUCAUUCUGGGUGCUAUAUUUUGUGGCAUUAAUGCUGGUUGUGAUUGGUGUUCUUUGUGGUCGGGAAGAGCUUUUUCUGAGUGGAACUCAAGCCUCUGUUGUGAAGGGCAUAGUUUAACAUGUUGCCGAAAAUUGGACUGGAUGAUCUAUCUUCAGUUCCAUCAUGCUUCACCCUCCACCGGCGACUCCAUCCAAGCCAUGGAUUUUGGAACUUGAAUUGCCAAGAUUUGAAAUUAAGGGGAAAUCUCACAUGCUCAACACCCAAGCAGUAUUUGAGCACCUCUUUUUAUGGUUGUCAAUUACAAUUGGGAAAGAAAGAAAGGGUCAAUUUAAGAAGAUGCUCUGUUAUUUUUUCCAAGUUGCAAGAAAAUGAUCAGCCUAAAGAAAACAGUUGGAAAGCCUAUGGUUACUACAAUCAUGAAACUGAGGAAGGCCUUUCUCGUCAGUUUUCUUACAAACAAAGUCCUGAUGGUCCGAUAAACCUUCAAGACCUUCUUCUUGAAAAAUUAAAGGCUGUGCAUUUGCAUUUGUUAGCAUCCGAACGCUGGAAUGCUCCCCAGCUGAAACUUUGCCAUAGAAAUUACUUGGUGAGUGCCAUCAACUUGACCCAUUAUUUGGCAUUACAAUGCCUUGAUGUUAACUACCACCUUAAGGAAGAUCUCACAUCUGUUGGCCUUCUGACUUUGGAUAAUAUAAAUUCACACAUUCUCGUCAGUAUUACUGCUUGCAUACAACUUUUGGAUAAUCUAGUAUCCGAGGAUGUUUGCAGCAAUGGGAAUGCCUGCUCCACGCAUAAUGGUAUUCAUAUGGCUACUCAGGUUACCGAAACUAUGGGAGAAUUGAGCAUAAAUUCUAUUAGGAAAAGGAUAACUUCUCAUGUGGAAGCAUUGUUUGGUCCACCUCAAGAUAAGAGAAAUGUCCAUAUUAUGGUAACUGUUGGAAGAGAAGCUAUAUCAAAUGAAUUGAUGGUCACUGAUAUUCUAAGGGCAGGAGCAAAUAUUGUAAGGAUUAAUUGUGCACAUGAUGAUUCAAGUGUCUGGAGUGAUAUCAUCAGAAUUGUGAGGAACAGCUCCCAACUGCUCGAACAACCAUGCCGCAUUCUCAUGGAUCUAGGUGGAUCAAAACUAAGGACAGGCAAUUUGACUUUGGAUCCAAAUGUGUUGAGGAUAUCACCAAAGAAGAAUGCAAUGGGUGAAUUUUUACCAGCUCAAUUUUGGUUGUGCUGCGAGGGAAGUAGUCCUCCUGCUCAUUUAUCUCCUGAUGCAAUUCUUUAUAUAAACCAUAAAUUUGUCAGUAAACUCAAGGUGGGUACUAUCUUACACUUUAUUGAUGUUCGAGGGAAGAAGAGAUCUGCAAAGCUUGUUUUGAAGUCUUCUAUUUUUGCUUUCUCUGGAUAUAUGGUGGAGAGUUUGAGGACUGUUUAUGUGGGAUUAGGCACUGAAUUUUACAUCAAGGACAAGAACACAAGGCAAUCAAUAGGGCAAGUGGUAAAAAUGCCAGCUUUGGAGCCAUUUAUCAGGGUAAAUGUGGGAGAUUUACUAACCAUAUGCAAGGACUCAUGUCUAUCUGUAGAUAAUGCAUGUGCUCCUACAUUUUUCUCCACAAGGAUAACAUGUUCCUCUGAUCAUCUUUUCGACUCAGUGAAACCUGGUGAGCCCAUUGCCUUUGAUGAUGGAAAAAUCUGGGGAGAAAUACGGAAAACAAAUUCUACUCAGAUCACUGUUCUUAUUACUCAUGCUGAUCCAAGAGGCUCUAAACUUGGACCUGAGAAAAUCCAUCAACAUACCAGAGAGUGAUUUACAAUUCAAAGGCCUAACUUCAAAAGAUCUUGUAGACCUUGAAUUUAUUGCAGCUAAUGCCGAUAUGGUCGGCAUUUCAUUCAUUCGAGAUGUUCAAGACAUGGUUAUCGUUCAGCAUGAACUCAAGAAACGGAAGCUUGAUAAACUGGGAAUUGUACUAAAAAUUGAAACCAGGGAUGCUUUUGAGAAGCUGCCUUUAAUACUAUUUCAAGCUAUGCAAUCUUCAAAUCCUUUAGGUGUUAUGAUUGCCAGAGGGGAUCUCAUGGUGGAGUGUGGAUGGGAUAAAAUGGCUCAUAUUCAAGGACAUAUAUUAUCUCUUUGUAAUGCUGCUCAUAUACCGGUGAUAUGGGCGACACAAGUUCUAGAAUCUCUUGUCAAAUUUGGUCUUCCUACUCGAGCAGAGAUCACAGAUGCCGCCUCUGCUAUGAGGGCGGAUUGCAUUAUGCUGAACAAAGGAGAACAUAUCGUCAAAGCUGUUUCUGCAUUGGUUUCCAUCUUGUCCAGGAAUUCUGCGGAAAAUACGAAGCCUAUGUUUAAUGCAUUCUUUCAAUCUGCACACACAAGUGAGUAGCAUGCUCAUUUUGUGCUUUGUGUGUAUGUGCUGAGUAUGUAUCCUUGUGCAUGUAUAUUGUGUUGUGCUUUAUAUUUUGCUUGUCUUUUUGUUUUUUUUUUUGUUUCUUUUUCAUCGAGAAACUUCCGUUACUAUAUAAUGCUAUUUUCAAGUCAUAAAUUUGUAUA